UCAACUGGUCCACAUGCUCCGCUAGCGAUGCGAUCCGGAACAGAUGUUUGCGCUCACGGAAUGUCUGUAGUUUCGUCCGUUUCGUCCGCUCACUGGCUUUGUUGUACGUGCACCGCGUUCCUGGCUAUUCGAGGAGACGGAAGGAGCGCGCCUGCUCUGCGAGUCGAUCCAUCAAAUAAGCCCUGUGUCACCUGCGUUCAUCGAGCCGGGCGGGUGAAUGUGUAACGUUAUCAACGCGCGUCGCCCAACGCCUUGAGUCACGCCGCUUCCGACGUCAGACCACGGGCUUUCGUUUUACGAGCAGCUGACGUAGAGUAUCGUUACGGCGGGAUCUAACUCACUUUGAAGAGCUUCGAACUCUCCAGAAAGCCGUACCAACGCCACAAAGAAGGAUGUCCGGGGACGAACUGGAGUGCAACCCCUUUUACAAGCUGUUGCAGACGACGUACCGAUCUAAAUACGAAGAGGCUCAAGCGAAUUGUUGGCUCGUAUGCGUACCCCACUCUUCGUCGCUAAAAGGAGUGAAAAUAAACUCAAGAUUCGUUGAUGCCCACAUCCUGAGGCCGUCACCACUUUUCAAGGGGCAGUACACAUCCUCUGGAAACAAUUUGCAAAAGAGUGUUGAAGUCGAUGGGGCAGAAAUCAAAGCCGUUUCAGGUUUUCCUAAUGAAUUCACGGUGAAGAUUCUUGGCGAAGAGCUUUGCUACAACAGGAAGUACAAGCAGUACAGAGUUCUGACUAUAAGCAAGCCUUUUGAAGGUGCGUUGGCCGAUUCGGGCAUGGAAACCAACGGUUCUCUCACGCCAGCAGAUUUGGAGAAGUGUCUGUCGUACAAAGAGUCCUUGACGUACCUUCGGAGUUUGCCCGAGCCUUCUUCACUUCUGAAGGAGCUGGAUAGGAAGCUGGAGAACUUCUGUGGCACGUACAUGAUCCUGCCUGCCUACUUGCAUGACACAGCGCAGAAGCUGAAAGACAUAGUCCUCUGGGCAGUGGAUGCAUUCCAGAAAUUACAGACACCACCUGUACCAAGUUAUGGUGCAGCCUUUCAGAGGUUGUCUUUGGCUGCAGAAAGCUAUGUCAUGGGAGUGGUCCAUCAGAAAGUUUUUGCUGCUGUGAAGCAGUUCUGUAGGCAGGAGGACGCUGUGCUCGUCGAGAAACUCCGGCAGCUCCACUUGGCUGGCCUGAGCCCCGACCAACUCGGUGUCCGAGAAUCAUUCUGCUGCCCGCUGCCUCGUUCGGUUGUGGAACUUGCAUCGCUCGACUCAAAGACGACGCCUUUGGAAAAGCUUUGGUGCCUAAAGACCACCCUGAAAAUGCUGUCGGAAGAAAUUUACGACUCCACUGCGUAUAGCUGCGCCCGUCUGAAAAAUCCUAAUGAACAACUCCACCUGACAUCUGACGAUCUGAUUCCAAUCCUGGCCUGUUUAAUUGUCAGAUGCAAGCUGCCCUAUCUGGAAAGCGACCUUUACUACAUUCAAAACUUCAGCUGGAACCUCCCUGAGAAAGACAUGCUCGGGUACACCCUGGUUACCUUCCAAGCUGCUAAGGAGUUUCUAAGGUUGCAGGAUACUUCACACCUGAAGCCAUCACACACUCCCUUGAGGCGAGAGAUAACACCGACAGAAUUGAUGCACGUCACUGCCAGGCUUCAGAUAUCGGAGAAGAAAAAGAAGAAUGAUAGCAGCAGUAGCAGUGGAGAUGAAGUCGCAAAGAACACAGCAACGGCACCAAAAAGUCGUCCCAUCGACAGGCAGCUGGAGCAGGCAGCCAAACUUAUCGAGGCGUCCACUUCAGAGUUCCACCAAAGGGAAACUGAAGAGCUUCAAGAACUGUUCAAAAAUGGCGAUGAAAAGGCCACCAUUGGGGACUUCCUAUCGGGCCUUCAGGACUCAAUCGGUGUUACCUAUGGAAAGCUCUAAAAUCAUAUUUUUAGGUCACCACUGGCUUGACUCUAUGUUAUACAAUAUUGCUUACUUUACAAACAUUUUGGGGUCGCAACACUUGGCAUGUUCAUGUUGAGCUGCAGCAUUUACCUGCAAUGUGCAAACAUCCCCCUGUUUAAAUGUACAAAUAAUUUUUUAUUUACACUGAACAUUAUACGGCAUAUAUGUUUUUUUAUUGAUUAACUGUAUCACCACGACUACUGCUGCACUAUGCUCAAGAACGGCUCAAGUGCAAGACGAACUUCUGGAACGUACGUGUUGAAAUGGCGUCGGAAAUAUGUGCUGAAGAGAAGUGUCGGAAACAAAAGGCUGCUUGUUUAUGGCUCAUCUGAUUGUGAGCCUACAUGUACAGUAUGGGCACUAUUUGUUCGCUGUGCAUUGUGAUAAGAAUUUUGCCCGGAGCUACUUUAAACGAUGUUGUUGAGCUGCCGUCCUUACUCGCGACAUUGUGAACUAAGUUGAUGCUGUCACUUUGUGAAGUUAAAAGCACACUGUUGGUAAAUAACGUCCUGCUUUCAGUUUUCAUUUUUUUCACUCUGAGAAUGCAUACCCUUUAGAAACGAGUUGGCAUGCUGUAGAACUAACGGUACACCAUAUCAAUUUCAGCUUCGUGUGUGCACUGUGACAAAAUAUCACAACAAACGGCUUUUCGUGCUGAUAAGAUAAAAUUGUUUGUCGAAUGCAUUCAGACCUUGCUGUAUCACAGUUGUUAGGAGCACUCGUACACAGGAAUGCAUCAGAUUGUAUGUUGAAGCUGUGUUUUAGUGGCAUGCUCUGAUGCCAUUAAAGUGCAGCAAUGUGUAUUUCAUUAGGAUGCUUUGCUUGUUGCAUGCAUUUGGACAUGGUGAUGUGAAAAGAAAAAAAAUAAAGGCUGUUGCUGACUCCGACGCUGUGUGGAAAUGCACAUGCGUCCAUGUUGCAUACCAUUUUGCGAGACAGCAUGCAGUGAUACUUAUGUCUUUCUUUUUUUUUCUGUUGAUGCUGCAUGAAAGAAUAUGACCACAGUUGUACGUCAUUAUGGCAAUGCUGUUACUGGGAAAGUUGAAGCUAGAGAUUGUACAUAGUUGAUUGAUCAGUCCAAAGUCAGAAUGUUUAUAUAUGCCCGCUGUUCUAAUCGUGCAACAUUUACAAGCAUAUUUUGAAGAGUUGUGUUGCAGGUUGAGAAAAAGCAACAGUCAGGCGUUUUGUCUAUGGAGCACAGUGUUGUGAUAUUGAGCCUGUGAUGGAAGGUUGCUCGCAUUGCAAGCCGAAGCAAAAAGACUCGUGCACAAGUUUUGACUCUGGUUUCAUUGUACUUAUACUUGCGAAAGAAAUACCAAAUGAUUAUGUCUGUGUAAACUUCAUGAAUGGUGAGUUAAAAUAUGACAAUAUAAACUGAUAAAAUUUAUGGCGCUGUAAUGAUUACACUGUUGCAUAGAGUAAUUGCGUGUGGUUCAGGAAGCUGGUGCUAACUUUCCUUAAAUACUAUUUCUUACUGCGAUUAGUUUUGAUGCUUUCCUUCAUCUUAUACGUGGAGGUUAUGCUACAUACUUGUUACAUGUGUAAUGAAAUUGCAAUGUAAAAUGCUGGUGUGAAAAAUUAACGCUUUGAUUGUCAUCUCACGUGCACUGUUGAACAUUAACUGUGUAUCCAGUGGUUCCUCUUGACAUGGUGUUCAUCAAUAGGGAAGCGUGUUUUGAUAAUCUGGAUGCAUGAGCAGUUGAAACAGCGGAAUGUUCCGAUAAAAAGAAAGAUUGGAAUAGUCUUGCGGAACACUUCUUGAUUUUUCAGUAUAAAAUCGUUAAGGCACUUUGGGGAAGCAAAUUGCAGUAGUGAUACCUCAUCUAUAAGAGCUUGGACGUAGCGUUAAAUUUUAAAAUGUCGCUGUAAUUGUGGUUCCUGUUAGUCCAUUGUUUCAUAGACUCUUGCGGAAAAAUUCCUAGGAAUCCUGAAGCUAGAGUGAAUAAGUGCGAAGGCAGUGGUCUGGAAGUUCACCAUCCACGCAAUCGCUGCGUCCUGAAAAGUGCCAACAGAACUACUCUUUCGUGGCAUUGAGGAUGAAUUAGGCACAAGUGCAUUUACAGUAAUGAAAAUCAGGUCUGGAAUGUCUUGCAGUUUAAAGGCAAAUUUUUGUCCGUAUUUUCAGUUGAUUUAGACAUCUGCACCCUCCCUUCCGAUUGCAGUUACCCCUUUUCUCAUUCGUUGUGGGCUUCAAUGUAAAUGUUAAAUAAAAGAAAAUGGUUCCAGCAGUUGCCGAGAUAAUACAUGCGUUUAAUGGUUAUUGUGUUAGCUCGAUGUGUCUUUUUGCUUAUGCUUACAUGUGAAAGUGCCAGAACAAGUGAAAAACAACAUGCCUUGUAGCUCCAUGUAAUUAAUGAAUGAAUGAGGGCAUUUGUGAGCAACCCUGCUUUAAUAAGCGUGGUCUGUAUGCAGAAAUGUAGAUGAAUAAUUCACACAUAUCUUGUAGACAUGGCUGCAGUCAUGUAGCGUGCACAACUUUUCUGAAGUGUACUGUUCAGUGUGCCGAAUAAACCAAAUUAUAUUGUAA